UACAGAGACAUGCAGAGGUCUGCAGGAGCCGCGAAACACUCCAGAGACUCCGAUUAGGGAUGCAAAUAUUCCCAAUCUUUCAGACUGAGAGUGUUUGUGUGUUAAAUACCGCCGUCACAUGUAUGUUACUUGAGUACAUGAUAAACACAUUCAAUUACCUCUCUUCAGUUGUUUACUCUAAAACAAUAUUAACAGUUUAAUCAUCUUUAACCAAUCGCAUUAUCGGUUGUUUGCAUCCCUAUCGUGAACAAACCUCAGUCACCAAAAUGGUUUAAAAGACUGAGUCCGCUCGGAUCUACUGGAGGAGUGUUUAUGUCCGGAUACAUAAAAUACUUUCACUUUCACUUUGCAAUAAUUAAAGCAGUCAGCUGCUGCAGACUGUCAACAACAUUUAAACUGGGGAGCUGAAAACUUUAAUUCUUCAUUUAUUCUCGGGGAUUUUAAGAAUGAAGGAAUCGUUUGUUUUGUUGAUUUGGGUUUUGCUCAUAGACGGUGUGUUUGAUGAUGAUGAAAUGAAGACGUCAGUGAUGGAGGGAGAAUCUCUGACUUUACGCACUGCUGUUACUGGAUUACAGAAUGACAAAACCAAUUAUAUUAAAUGGUAUUUUAAUGGCAUCCGUGUAACUCUAAUCAAUGGAGAUCUCAGUGUGUUCUGUACAGAUGUGAAGUGUCCAGGUGGUUAUAAUGAGAGAUUCAGAAACAGACUGAAGUUGAACAAUCAGACUGGAUCUCUCACCAUCAAGAACAUCAGAAUUACAGACUCUGGAGAUUAUCUAAUGUGGACCAUCAUGAACAACAUCAUCAAUGAGAAGAUAUUCACUGUUACUGUUCAACCUGGAGUGUCUGCUGCUGAAAUGAAGAUAAAGUCGGUGAUUGAAGGAGAUUCUGUCACUCUACACACUGAUGAUACUGUAAAACAGGGAGAUGUUGUGAUGACGUGGUAUUUCAAUGACACUCGUAUAGCUGAAAUGAAGGAAGAUCCCAGUAAGAGCUGUACAGAUGUGACGUGUGAUGAAGGUGCUGAGAGAUUCAGAGACAGACUGAAGAUUGACCAUCAGACUGGAGAUCUCACUAUCACAAACACCAGAACUACAGACUCUGGACUUUAUCAACUAGAGAUCAGCAGCAGUAUCAGCAGCAGCUUCAGCGUAAAGAGCUUCAGUGUUAAUGUCAGCGUAUCAGACAUAAAAACUCCAGAUUCAGGUCGGUCUUCUGCUGCUGUAGCAGGAAUAUGUGUUGCUGUUGCUCUGGUUGUUGCUGUAACUGCUGGUGUGAUUUAUUAUCGACGUAAGAUCUCAAGAUUAAGAGGACAAAAUGAUAUGGAGAUGCGGCACAAUGUUCAGGAUGCCAAAGAGCAGAAGAUUCAUUUGAUGAAUGGUGCAGGACAGGAAAAGAGAGACGAUGCCACUGAAUGACUCGACAAUGCGUACUAUAAAAUAUGAUAUAAAACCUGCAGUCAAAUCAAGAACAUAAAUUAUAAAUAUUGCCUUUUAAUCUAGUGUUUCUUCUGGAAUUAUUAAAAUCUGAUUUUCUCUUUAAAAUGAUUUUUAAAUCACAAAUCACAUUGUCAUGCCAGGACUUCUUUAUUUUAUGUUUAAAUGUCUAACAUCUGUAUAUAACAGAAGUGUAUUUUUACAUGCGUGUGUAUUUGUAUAUAUAAGUCUUAUUGUGUAUUUUAUAUAUAGAUUUAUACAUUUUCUAUUCACUUUUUAUUUUUAUUCUGUUUGUAUUAUUAUCUCUGUCUUGUUGUUUGUGCACUUUAAACUAAUUCUGUCAGCAAGACAAAUGUAUUGGAUGUGUUUAAGUGU